AUGGGAACCGAAAAGGGGAAGGAUAAAGAUAUGGCUUCUGGGUCUGGCAGAAAGACUUUUGGCAAAGGGUUCAAGGGAAAUAGGAAAAAGGUGCAGGAGAAGGACAAUUGGUUUGAAGAAGAUGAUGAGGAUGAUGAUGGUAUUGAGACUGAAAGUGAAAUGUCACCCCACCGCCUAAGAAGAAAACUAAGCGCAGUCCAAUUAUCACUGAUAUCAGUCCAAAAAAGGAGGUUGAUUGAAAUUUUGAAGUCUAAACAGGAGGCCUCUUCAAAGAAAAUAAACAUUCUGGAAGUUGUCAGGACAGGUAGUUCUUUGCCUAAUAAUCUGAAGGAGUUAACUAAAGCCAUCAACAAUGUGAAGGCUAUUACUGAGGCUUAUGGUUCCAAAUUCAAGGUUGUGGAGGCUAUGUUCAAUGAGCUGGAAAAGAGGGUUUACAGUCAUGAGGAAACCCUAAAGAAGAUAAGAGAACAAAGUCACAAGAUUCUGAAAGCUUCAGUUGAUAAUUUCAUAGUGCUGAUUAGUAAACUAAAACAAAUCCAGCUGGAAAAGAAUACGAUUGAUAUUUAUGAGGACAAGGACUUGAUCCCUGAAGGUAUGGUUGCUAGACAUGGCAAAAGAACCUGGGCGAAUAUGAGGAAGAUGGCUCAGCAAGCUAAGGAACUGGAUGAUCUCAAGUGUGAUGUUGCCACUAUGGUUCAGCUGGAGAAAGAGGUUGUGGAGCUUCUUAAGAAUUUCUCUUAG